ACUUUAAGCAUAAUUUAUAUCUAUACGUUUACAUAAAUUUUUUUAAUAAAACAAAUGGUCAAACAUAUAUUCAAAAGUCAACGGCGCCAUCUAUUAAAAAACAGAGGGAGUAUAUUAAAAACAUGGUUUGCAUUUCAACGUGUCAUAAUCCGUAACUUCGUUUAUUAGAGAGACAAUCCGUAACUUCGUUUAUUAGAGAGACAAGUACUACUUUUCGCUCGCGGAGUUGGAACGUUGCUCACGAGCUAAUAUUUUUUAGAGGAAAAACUCGUGGGCAUCAACAAAAGUGAGCUGAUGGCUGACGCUCAUAAUCAGCCUUGAUAUUUUUCCACACUUAUUAUAAGCGUUUAAUUAUUGAAGCCGAACGAAGCAUUGCGCGGCAACUUGCAAGUUGCAACGUGUGCGAGCACCGCGCGCUGCGGUGCGAUGCGAACGACCCAAUUAAAUCGAGACGAUACAACCUCUUGGGCUCUUGGCGCUGACAAAGUGACGUUGCUUGCAACCGCAAACUACGACGCCUCUCCAAACUCCACCCAAGCCACUGCGCCCAUCACCCAUGUCUCGCCACGGCAAGCCACAGCAGCGGCAGCCGCUGAUCCUCCCCGAUGCUGCGCCCAUGGGAGGCGGCGACGGCGGGCGCGGUGAUGCGGCCACGAGGAGGCGCAGGUUCGUCGCCUUCCUGGCCAUCUCCGUGGCCCUGGUCGCCUCCUACCACCACCUCGCGCCGGCCCCCGCGUCGCGCUACCACGCGCUCUUCCUCUCACUCGGCAACAACGACACCGCCGCCGCGCACCUCCGCGCGCUCACCCUCCGGCCCCACGUCGCCGGGACGGAGGCCAACGCCGUCGCCGCCGAGUACGUCCGCGCCGCGCUCUCCUCCUUCUCAUUCCCCACCCGCGUCACGCCCUACUCCGUGCUGCUCUCCUACCCCAUCCACCGCUCCCUCUCCCUCUCCGUGCCUGGCCGCGCGGCCGCCUUCAAUUUCGCUCUGGUCCAGGAGACCUACCCCGGGGACCCCUACUCCGAGGCGGCGGCGGAGGUCAUCCCCACGUACUUCGCCUACUCCGCCUCCGGCUCCGUCGCCGCCGAGGUCGUGUACGCCAACUACGGCAACACCAAGGACUACGAGUACCUCGCCUCCCGCGGCGUGGACGUCGCCGGGAAGGUCGCGCUCGUGCGCUACGGAAACCUGCACUGCGAGGACAUGGUGCGGAACGCCCGUGCCGCGGGCGCCGCCGCCGCGAUCGUCUACACCGACGCCAAGGACUUUGGCGGCGCAGGAGCGAAGGGGAAGCGGAAGUGGUUCCCCGACGCGCGCUGGCUGCCGCCGACCGGCGUGCAGGUGGGGACCCUGUACUACGGGAACGGCGACCCGACCACGCCGCUGUGGCCGUCCUGCGCAGCCGGGGAGGACUGCGAGCGGCUGAGCCAGGGGGAGCUCGACGGGAGCGCCGCGAUGCCCAGCAUCCCAGCGCUGCCGGUGUCGGCGAGGGACGGGGAGACGAUCCUCAAGGCGAUGGGCGGCGACGCGGCGCCGACGGAGUGGCAGGGCGGCGAGGGCGCGCCCAUGUACCGCCUCGGACCCGGUCCUGCUGUGCUGAAUCUCACGUACAUUGGAAAUGACACCUUAGCAACCAUCGAAAAUGUCUUUGCCGUGAUCGAGGGAAAAGAAGAGCCUGAUAGAUAUGUGAUCAUAGGGAACCAUCGUGAUGCCUGGACAUUCGGAGCAGUUGAUCCCAACAGUGGAACAGCAGCUAUGCUCGAGAUCGCAGAAAGGCUGUCCAAGCUUGAGAAGAAGGGAUGGAGGCCUAGACGAACAAUCAUUGUGUGUAGUUGGGAUGCAGAAGAGUUUGCUCUGAUAGGGUCUACUGAAUGGGUCGAGGACAACAUGGAUAUGCUGGCUUCAAGAGCUAUUGCUUAUUUGAAUGUGGAUAUAACAGUGUUUGGCCCUGGAGGUUUUAGGCCCCGGGCAACCCCUCAACUUGAUCAGUUGAUCAAAGAAGCAAGUAAAAUGGUGCAAGAUCCUGAUGAUCCAUCGCAGACAUUGUAUGACACUAUGAUUCGCCACCAUCCUCCGAUUGAUAGAGUGGCUGGAGCAGGAACAGAUUUUGCAGCUUUUCUACAAUAUAUUGGAGUACCUUCACUUGACAUGUCUUACGGAACAAUGGAAGAUUACCCUGUUUACCACUCACUGUACGAUGAUUAUGUUUGGAUGGAGAGAUUCGGAGAUCCGUUGUUUCACAGACAUGUUGCAUUGGCAAGUGUAUGGGGUCUGAUUGCUUUGAGGCUUGCAGAUGAUGAGAUCUUACCCCUCAAUUAUGUCUCUUACGCAUCAGAACUGGAGAAAUGCACAAAACUUGUGGAAGGUGGGUGUACAGGAUGUCCUGUCAGUUUCGCUCCUUUACACAAGUCAAUUGACCAGCUUAGAAAAGCAGCCAACAAAAUUCACAAAGAAAAGAUGAUGCUACAAGCAGAAAACUGGAGCCUAAAAACGAGAGCGUACACAGUAAAAGUCAGAGAUAUCAACGACCGGUUAAUGAUGGCGGAGCGAGGCUUCAUCAACCGGGAAGGGCUCGACGGUAGGCCGUGGUACAAACAUAUGAUAUACGCAUCGUCUGACCAAGACGACUGGGGCACCAAGGCAUUCCCUGGUAUCGUGUCGGCCAUCGACAAGGCAAAUAAGCUCAACACAACCGAAUCUUGGCAGCUCCUGCAGCAUGAAAUUUACAGGGCUGCAAGGGCUGUGUCCAAGGCUUCAGCUGUCCUUGAUGGUAGACUAACAUGAGAGUACAUAAAUUAAGAUCACUACACGAUUCCAUUUUGUGCAGUUUAAAGUACCAGAUACCAGCUCUACACGUAGUUUUGUGCAGUUUAAAGUACCAGAUACCAGCUCUACACGUAGUUACGAUGAUAUGAUAUAGUUACACAAGUACCUGUGAAGAUACUGAAGAACUAUCCUCAGUUAGUAUCAUAAUUAUUGAUGUUAAUGAAUUGUGGAGAUCUUUUACGGUGCUUGAGAGGUAUCCCAGGGACCUCCUAAACUAAUUAAUAUCCACCAUUGAUUCCUAAAGGGUAAUUUAGGAUUAUGAAAUAAUAUUAACAAGGGUAGCUUAGUAAUUGUCCAAUCCCCAUCCGCUGGCUGACGUUGUCGUUUCAAUGAGAUUGUUUUUUUUCACGAUAUUAGCGUGACCUCAAUCUCUCUAUGUCUAACCCUAACUUUAAAUCCCAAGUGAAAGAACGGACCAGGAGCAGGGGCAGCACGCAAGGUGGCUGCGAUCGGCAGGCACGUACGGUUGCGUUCGGCAGCGACGACCGGCGGGCAUGUACGAUGGUUGCGACCGACGGCUGGAUGCUGGCUGCUGCUGAUGGUUCCUAAAUGCUGAAGCAUUAUUUCAUUUUUGUUAAGCAUUGAUUGGCUCGAAAGCUGUUGAAUGGAAUUGAAAAGUUUGGUCAUUGAUUUCUUGCGAAAUUGAUGCAUCUAAUUGCUAUCCUGAUCGAACAAGAUAUUCUGUGGUUAAUCGCUGAUCAUUUAAUUAAGCAGAUCAAGCACGUUUAUGCAAAGCCGGCAGGUUCACUCGACAUCAGCGGCAGCCGCUUUUACCUCGAGGUCAUGGACGGCACACUCUGAAGGCCAACCUAUCCGAGAAGUCCGAACAUCAACUUAUGUAGCCGGCGUCCCGGCGAGGAACCGGCGGGAGGAGCAGCCAGCGGUGGCAUCAGGACGUGCACGGCAUUUGGAACGGAUCGGGAGUUUUGAGCGGAUCGUAAAGAGAUGAAUAUUGAAAAGAUAACGCAUUUAUCUUUAACCACACAAAUCAACUAUAGAAGUUAAUUACCAUUUUAACCUUCCACCUCUCAUACCUGGCCCAUCCUUUUACUACUUUGCUCCUGUACCUUUUAUCUUAGUGCGUUGGAUUAUAGGUGAUCAAGGGUUCUAAUUAAUUCCAAGCACACAAGAAACUCUCUUGUGGAUUACCCUGCGUGAUUCUCUAGGGUACUACGAAUAAUUUGUUUGAGAGUUUUUUUUUCAGAUGGGUUAACCCAAAUUCUGUUGAAUAAAACCGGAAGCAUAAUUGUUUAAGAGUUGA